CAAUUUCGCAGCAAUACGCUCGACGCUUUUCAAUCAAAACCAAACGCCCGCACAAGACGCCGGCACGCAGGUCAACGGCUACGGCGUACUUCUCUUACGGCGGCGCAGUCUAGACUGCCGCUCUAGUCGGGUAGCUGCAAGCGUAGUCACAUUCCAUAUCUCGGUAAACGGCUGCUUGGUUGUUGAUAUAGCAUAUUGCCGGAAAUUUCUCGCUCCGCUGCGGGCCUGACGAGUCGACUCGAAGGGGGUCAGCAGCGGAUGUCUGCAGGGUUUGCCUGUCAUACACAGGCAUUGUAAGGAGCUGGCUGCAGGGCGCCUUGGGGGCAAACCAUGAGCCGCACAUGCUGUGUGGGCGUGUCCAACUACACACACUCCUAUCCUUACACAAGACCCACGCGACCAUCAACUUUGAGAAUAGCAUACACAUUACACAACAUAUCGACGCACCGAGACCAGCACUGGACCAACUCGGCCCGCACCCAGUCGCAAAUCGACAGUGGUCCCGCGCCCAGGAGGGAACGGACAGCAUGGCGGGCGAGGGCCCCUGGCAGAGGCUACUUUGGCACAACGUGUCCUGAGCACCGGUUCGUAGAUCCCGCCCGCAACUCUGUCGCAAUAUUUGGGGCGUCGCCAUGCGGCUGACGCCAACCUGUCACAAUACGGAGCCCAUAGGAACACGAGAUGGGGCAUGGCAAGGCCGUCAGAGGAUCGUAUACGGAUUUCAACGCAAAUAGUUCCAACAACAACAUGUGUGGACGGGGCUCUCAACAGUCAUCGGCGCUGCACAAACACAGCGGCUGCGCCCGCCACCGCAGGACGAGCAGUCCCGGGACAUUGGACAGGCCGUUAUGCGGAUGCCGUAGCUCCGGCGAAUGGUACUCAGAAGUGAAAGCAAUCUAUAUAGGCGAUAUAGGGACUGCUCCCAACGACACCACUUCCGCUAUCUAAGAUUAUUUUUGGAUCUCAGUCAUGGUCGAACAAGGCUAAAUAGAUGGCCUAGCUUCAGGGCCAUUGCGUUGGUUUCUUGGGCUGGGUGUUAUAUUUUCCGUAGGUGGGGGGAGCAGCACCAAUCACACACCCUACGGAGUUUGCC